GAGCGCAGAGCGGUUUGGUCGUUCGUUGGGCAGUGCGGGUUUUUCGCUCGUCGACUGCGGCUCUUCCUCGGGCGGCGGAAGCGGCGCGGCAGUCGGAGAAGUGGUCUAAAACUUCGGCGUUGGGUGAAAGAAAAUGGCCCGAACUAAGCAGACUGCUCGUAAAUCCACCGGUGGGAAAGCCCCCCGCAAACAGCUGGCCACGAAAGCCGCCAGGAAAAGCGCUCCCUCUACCGGCGGGGUGAAGAAGCCUCAUCGCUACAGGCCCGGGACCGUGGCGCUUCGAGAGAUUCGUCGUUAUCAGAAGUCGACCGAGCUGCUCAUCCGGAAGCUGCCCUUCCAGAGAUUGGUGAGGGAGAUCGCGCAGGAUUUCAAAACCGACCUGAGGUUUCAGAGCGCAGCCAUCGGUGCGCUGCAGGAGGCUAGCGAAGCGUACCUGGUGGGUCUGUUCGAAGAUACCAACCUGUGUGCCAUCCACGCUAAGAGAGUCACCAUCAUGCCCAAAGACAUCCAGUUGGCUCGCCGGAUACGGGGGGAGAGAGCUUAAGUGAAGGCAGUUUUUAUGGCGUUUUGUAGUAAAUUCUGUAAAAUACUUUGGUUUAAUUUGUGACUUUUUUUGUAAGAAAUUGUUUAUAAUAUGUUGCAUUUGUACUUAAGUCAUUCCAUCUUUCACUCAGGAUGAAUGCGAAAAGUGACUGUUCACAGACCUCAGUGAUGUGAGCACUGUUGCUCAGGAGUGACAAGUUGCUAAUAUGCAGAAGGGAUGGGUGAUAUUUCUUGCUUCUCAUGAUGCAUGUUUCUGUAUGUUAAUGACUUGUUGGGUAGCUAUUAAGGUACUAGAGUUGAUAAAUGUGUACAGGGUCCUUUUGCAAUAAAACUGGUUAUGACUUGAUCCAAGUGUUUAACAAUUGGGGCUGUUAAGUCUGACCAUACAUCACUGUGAUAGAAUGUGGGCUUUUUCAAGGGUGAAGAUACAAGUCUUAACCACAGUGUAACUUACAGUUUCCUUUAAAAAAAAAAAAAUAAAUAAACCUGGCAGCUAUAGAAUACACUAUGUGCAUUUAUAAUAGCUAUUUUAUAUAUUGUAGUGUCAACAUUUUUAAAUUAAAUGUUUUACAUUCACAAGUGGUGGGGAGUCUUGUCAUUAAGGUGUGUGUAAUUUAGAGUCCAGUUGGUUUUCUUCUGACUGCACUUGUUCUCAUAGUAGUAAAAUGCUAUGCGCAUUUAUACCUUGCAUAAGUCCUCAUUCUACCACAUGUUAACCCUCUAGCUGAUAAUGCAAACACUAACUGGGGGAUUUUAUUUAUAAGGGCUCUAGAAAAAACGAGUUAUUCACACCAGCAUCAUCUUAACUAACAUUCUGAACUAGUUAGUGCAGCUUUUCAUUGUGUUGUGUGGUUGGUCUCAUAACUAGGUUGAGUUUUUCUCCUCUGCUGAGGAAACAGUACCGAAGUUCUUUUUCUUGUGGCAUUUGUAUUAUAAAAACUUGGUGUGGGGGAGGAGCACAAAACUCCAGCCCACUGAACCUCUGCCAAUUAAGAUGGUGUUGGGUUAGGUUACAUCUGGUUACUGUCCUGGGAAAAUCAUUUUUAUAGAGAUGGCCUUCCAAGUGGUUUUAAAAUUUACUGAAGUUUUUAGGUCAAUUAUGUAUGUUGACUAAAUUUACAAAUAAACUUGUUUAUCCAACUAA